AUGGUGUGUGGCCCUUACUUUAGAAUAACCUCCCUUUGUGCCAGAUGGCCAGGAUCCUGCCAGGACUCGAAAAUUUGGAGAACAUCAUCUCUUUGUCAGCAGUUUGAAAAUGGAAUGCAUAAUGGUCUACUACUGGGUGACUCUGGCUACCCCCUAACCAGAUAUUUGAUGACCCCCUAUCUAGUACCAUGGACUCCUGCUGAGGAGAGAUUUAAUGCCAGUUUGUGUCGCACACGGGUUCUAAUUGAACAGACUUUUGGAAUAUUGAACAGAAAGUUCCAAUCGCUUCAUUUUGGACUGAGGACAUGCCCGGACCAAGCAGUAGAAUACAUAACUGCUACCUGUAUCCUACACAACAUCGCCAUAGACAGACAGGACACUCAAGUCAGUUACAACAUUUGCGACCUUAACAUCAGGGACUGCCAGCCUCAGCUCCUGCAGGACCCUGCAGCACAUGCCAGGAAUGAUGGAGUCUUGAAGAGAGCUGCCAUCACCAUUGGAUUUUUCUGAGCCACUUUCAGGCUAUGUACCAUAAU